GUUGGAGCUGAGAUUUUUGUACUCUCACUCACCAAAUCUUCUUCUUCUUCUUCUUCUUCUUCUUCUUUCGGUGUUGUUCACCCUUCUCAUCUCAACUCUUCACCAUGAGCAGGUCAGGGCAGCCACCAGAUUUGAAGAAGUACAUGGACAAGAAGCUUCAAAUCAAGCUGAAUGCAAAUCGCAUGAUUGUUGGUACUCUCCGGGGCUUUGACCAGUUCAUGAAUUUAGUUGUUGACAAUACUGUGGAAGUGAAUGGCAAUGAAAAAAAUGACAUAGGGAUGGUGGUAAUUAGAGGAAAUAGUGUGGUCACUGUUGAGGCACUUGAACCCGUGAACAGGAGCUGAUGUCUGUUCUUGUAAACUUUUAUAAGUAUAUUUUCAGGUUUCAACGGCUGUGUAUGUGAACAACGUAGCUGCGGAGAGUAACAUGUAAUUGUGGUCAUGUUAGCCACUAAUUCGGGGUUGUUUUUAGUCUGAUUUGUCAGUGCAAGAUACCUCUAAGGCUUUAGUGGCAUUGCAGUGACUUGACUUAAUUAAAUUGAUGUUUGCAUAUAUCCCUUUUAGUUGAAUUUCAUCUCUUAUCUUUUUCUAUUGCAUUUAGCAUGGUACUUCCCU